CGGACUGUUUAUAGUGAAGGGAAGUGGCUUGUUUUGCGGUGGUGCCUAGUAGUAGCUUACUUUUACAGCUACGAAUCACUAAUACGUUUAUAAAAUAUAAAUUUAGAAAGUUUAUAGUUCUACUGUGUUAAUAAUGUUCGUAAAACAUGGCGGGGGAUGAACUUGCUGCGUUCAGGGAACGUUGGAGAAAAGAAAUCACUAGUAAAAACGAUGGGCAGCCACUUGUUUGUUCUUCUUCCCCUUCCUGCAGCAUUGCUGGUCAGUCAAGUCAAAGAUACUUUAAAGACUCAAAAAACAUCAAGAAGACGUGUAUUCCUUCAAAAACGGUAGACUGCACUAAUAAUGAAACGAGUUUGCCUGAAGGAGGUGAAGGGGCUGCAACAGAGUCUGAGGAGCAGCCUGAAUAUGUGUCCAUUGCGCGAAGUCUGCUGGAUGGAAGAACCAGUCCCCUGUUGGACAGGAUUGAGGAAGAGAGGAAGAGGAGAAAGAGGCGAUACCACAGUGAAACCGGUGUCUGCAGCUCAUCUCUGCAGCAGCUGCAGCCUCAGACCAGAGCCAGGAAAACAGAGGAGCUGGUGGAUCAGCUCAUCCAGGAUCUGAAUGAAGUCAACGACAUUCCCUUCUUUGAUGUUGAGUUACCGUAUGAGUUGGCCUUGAAGAUAUUCCAGUAUCUCAACUGUACUGAGUUAGGCCGAUGCGCCCAGGUGAGCAGGGCGUGGAGAGUCCUUGCAGAAGACUGCGUUUUGUGGUUCAGGAUGUGCACGAAGGAGGGCUAUCACCAGGACGCUAGCGUGUCCGACUCCCCCUGCUGGAAGAGCACGCUGCGAGACUGCAGGAACUCUGCCAGGACGGUGCGCUCUAACUGGAAGAAUCGAGUUGGAUCCAUCAGCCAGCUGCAGUUUGAGCUGGGGAAGGUGCUGUGUGACGUCAGCUCCUGUGACAACUUUGUCCUGGCUGGGUACACGUCUGGUGACGUGAGGUUGUGGGACACGCUGCACUGGGACUCAGCGGCCUCGUACCUGAAGUGUAACGGCCUGUCGGCGAACACGGAGCCCAGGCCGCACGUGAGCCGCGUCCAGGUGAGCGGCGCCGUGGCCGCGGCUGCUUAUGAAGACGGCUGUGUGGACGUGUGGAGCACAGAGACAGGGGGGGAGCCCAUCCACCACUACCAGAGCCCUGGGCGGAUCCAGACCCUGGCCUUGAGCUGCGACAGCCCCGUCCUGGCCUCCUCUGCUGGACCCGACGUGAGGCUGGACUGUGCUGAUGGCCGCGGCUACUGGAGGACUCUGUACCAGACUCAUGUACCCAAACCUGUAGAGAGCCUCGUCGUGGUGCCGGGCAGAAGGCAGGAGCUCCCGCUGGCAGCACUGGCAGCAGGAGAGUCUUUGUACCUGCUGGACCCGCGCGAGGAGCAGCCGCGUGUGCUGCACUCCGUCUACGAGCACCCCAUCACCUGCCUGGACGCCUCGCAGGCCCAUGCUGCAUUUGGGGUGAAGCGCUCUGGCUGGGCCAUGCACGAUGGAGGGAAUAAGGUCCACGUGUGCAGCCUGGAGACGGGCAAACCCGUGGCCAGUGUCGGCAGCUCGCCGGGGGAUUUCACCUGCAUCAACCUGAGAGACAGCCCUCCUCACCUGCUGGUGUGUGGGAACAAGGACAGGAGGGUGAGAGUGUUCGACCUGCGCUCCGGCUCCUCUGUGGCCUCGCUCUACGCCCACCACCUCGGCGUCACCGCGGUGCAGGCGGACGACUGGAAGCUCGUGAGCGGCGGCGGCGAGGGCCUGGUGUGUGUGUGGGAGAUGAGGAUGGGCACCAAGCUGUGGGAGACGCACAACAGGCAUCCUGUCCGACACGUGCGCUUCAGCACCCGCACGCUGCUGACGGCCAACGUCCCCGACGACAAGUCGCCGCGGGGGGCCUGCAUCACAGACGACGACCUCACGGCUCACCGCAGACACAGGGGCGUCGUCUGCCACUACGACUUCUCUGAGGACGCGCUGUCACAGGAUCACGUCCUGCCCAUCUGCAGGUCCGACUUCGCAGAGUCUUCCGGCUACAACUACAACAUCGGCCUGGCGGUGCCGUACGACCGCCUGUCGGGCUCCCACCCGUCCCACUGACGAACAGCAGUCACGACACACAGACACCGGUCAGAUCUCCAGACUGGUCCUUUUUAUUCAGUUAGUCAUGUGUUUUCAUCAAAGACCCCUGGACUCCUUCACUGUAGCGUCUUUACUUCCUGUUUGCUUCCUAUUUUUAAUCCACUGCUGCUGUGAAACAUCACAGCAAUAAAAGGUCCUUACUACCUCA